CUUAUUUUGUAUAUUGUGGAUUUUUAGCUUCCAUGGGUUCAGUUGGUGAUUCAUCUACUUUCUUAUUUACCUCAGAGUCAGUUAAUGAAGGUCAUCCGGAUAAGAUAUGUGACCAAGUUUCCGAUGCCGUCCUAGACGCUUGCCUUGAAAGGGACCCUCUCGCAAAGGUAGCUUGUGAGACAGCUACAAAGACUGGCAUGGUUAUGGUUUUUGGUGAAAUAACUGUAAAGGGUGCUACUAUUGAUUAUGAGAAGGUUGUGAGAGAUACCAUAAAGGAGAUUGGUUUCGAUGAUGAGAAGAAGGGCUUGGACUAUAAGACUUGUCGAGUGUUGGUUGAGUUACAUCAACAGUCACCAGAUAUUGCACAAGGAGUUCAUGAGAACCGUGCAGCUGAUGACGUUGCUGCUGGUGACCAAGGAAUUAUGUUUGGUUAUGCCACGGAUGAGUCUCCAGACUAUAUGCCGUUGACACAUAGUUUUGCUACUCGUCUUGGGAAACGUCUGACUGAAGUACGUAAGAAAGGUAUUUGUCCUUGGGUUCGUCCAGAUGGCAAGACCCAAGUUACUAUGGAAUAUCGAAAGGAGAAUGGUCAUUUGGUGCCUUUAAGAGUUCAUACUGUCGUCAUAUCUACGCAACACGAUGAUAACGUAUCGAAUGAGAAGAUUCGUGCAGAUUUGCUGGAAAAAGUUAUCAAGGAAGUCAUUCCCAGUAAAUAUUUAGACGAUAAGACUGUUUAUCAUUUGAACCCAAGCGGGCGUUUUGUGAUUGGAGGACCGGAAGGUGAUGCAGGUUUGACAGGGCGAAAGAUUAUUAUUGAUACUUACGGUGGUUGGGGUGCUCAUGGUGGUGGCGCUUUUUCUGGAAAAGAUCCUACAAAGGUCGACCGCUCAGCCGCUUAUGCUGCGAGAUGGGUUGCCAAGUCUAUUGUUGCUGCAGGACUUGCACGUCGUUGUUUGGUUCAGCUAUCUUAUUCUAUUGGAAUCGCCUCACCACUCUCCGUCUUUGUGGAUACUUAUGGAACGGGAACCAAGCCAGAUCAAGAAAUCUUGGAAAUAGUCAAGAAGAACUUUGAUCUUCGUCCUGGUCGUAUCAUAAAAGAUUUGAAUUUGUUAAGGCCUAUCUAUAAGCAGACUGCAGCUUAUGGCCACUUUGGCAGAGAUCCCAAAGUAGAAUCGACGUUUACUUGGGAAAUACCUAAGAAACUGGAAUUUUGAAUAUCCAAUAAAGUUAUAAAGAAUAUUGUGCAAAA